CCACCGCUCUCGGCCUCUCGCACCGGAACAAAACGCGGAGUGGCCGCGCGGGAUCGGACGAGCCACGGUCUACCAGCGCUACGCACCACACCGGCCGCUGCCUGCCAUCCUGGCUUCCCUGCUACUAUUCCCCCGUCUCCGCACUAUCGGAGCACCGAUUCCGUGUGCAAGGCUGACGCCCGACGCCUGUGGCGCCUACUACUUGCUCGCACCGCUGCCGCUUCCCCCAAUCCAAUCCUCCGUAACCGAUUGGCGCGGGAUGGAGGCGCUGAAGAAGCAGGCCAGCAAGCUCCGGGAGCACGUCGCCAAGCAGCAGCAGGCGGUUCUCAAGCAGUUCAGUGCGCGAUAUAAUCAAGAUCCUUCUCUUGUUGAUGAAGCGGAGCUUGAGUGCCACCAAAAUCUCCAGAGGCUUUACAGUACUACAAGAGCAGCUAAGCAUUUCCAGCGAAAUAUUGUACGAGGGGUGGAAGGUUUCAUUGCGAUUAGCACCAAACAGAUGGAGAUAGUGAAAAAACUAGCCGAGGAUUGUUGUAAAUAUGGAAACGACAAUCAACAUUUUGGUUUUGCUCUUGCAAGGGCAUCUGAGGAGUUCGGUAAAUCUCAUAAACAAAUAGAGAAAGAGCGGGAGGAUCUUCUUAAAAGUCUUGGAGAGCAGGUUUUUGAGCCUCUCCGAGAAAUGAUAAUGAGUGCUCCUCUUGAAGAUGCUCGAUUGCUAACUUACCGCUAUCAACGGAUCAGACAGGACAUGGAGUCUCAGAUAGCUGAUGUGAUGAGAAAGCAACUUAAAUCCAAGGAAAGUAGUGGUAACACAGAUAACUCUGUGAAACUGCAACAUGCAGAAUCAAAAUUAUCAGAUCUUCGAACUACACUGGCAGCAUUAGGAAGAGAAGCAACUGCAGCUAUGGAGGCUGUAGAGGCUCAGCAACAGCAAGUUACAUAUGAACGUCUCCUUGCCAUGGUUGAUGCUGAGAGGACAUAUCAUCAAAAUGCAGCUGAUAUUCUGAAUAAACUCCAUGAUGAGAUGCUCUAUGCAAAGCAUCAUAAUGAGUCAGCAAACCAUUAUGAUGAACAGUCAUCGGAGCCUGAAUCAGAUACAGGCCCAGCACAAGUGCACUCACAUAGCACAUCUGAAGAUCCAGUAUUAACUAAACCUAGCGAGUCCACAGGGAAUAGUCAGGAGGUGCAAUUUCUGGGGGAGGUUAUUCAUCCAUUCGAUGCUCAGGCUGAUGGUGAGCUCAGUCUCGCGGUGGGUGAAUAUGUUGUGGUCCGCCAGGUGGCGGCAAACGGUUGGUCUGAAGGUGAAUGCAAGGGAAAGGCUGGCUGGUUCCCAUCUGCCUAUGUAGAGCAGAGGGACAAAGCCCCGGCAAGCAAGGUGAUAGAGCCUGGACUUCUGACUACCUGAUCCAUCCUUCUCGUACUUAUGGUUGCUGACUUGCUGUCAUGGUCCUUUUUCUACAUUAUUGUACAUGACAUGUCCCAUGAGUGAUUAGCGUUUCGUAGAACCUUUACCUUUCUGUGCAGAUUAUUGUUCUUCUAGGCUUUUCGUUGGUUGGUAACUGUAUGUAAAAAUAUAGUUUUGUCUGUUAGGAUUUCCUUUUGGUAUUAUAACAUUGUACAGAGCUAUUGGUGUUGGUGAUGAGAUGCUGUCAACGUGCCCUUUGUAUUCGGACAUCAUGCUUCCUGCCGAAUUUAUGCUAACUAAUGAUUUCAUAA